CAGCGGCAGCAGACGCGUCUGGCUCUGCCUCUCUGUGCCGAGCGCUGGCGAUCGGAGUCACCCGGCCUUGUUCUGAGGCUGGGCACCAAGCUCCUGUCGCUGGCUACACUGAGAGUGCUCCCAAAUUCAAACCCAGAUCCUUCUGCCAGGCAGAAGCACGGGUUCAAAGAUGGAGUUUACUGGAAAAGGAAAAACCUCUGAAGGAAAAGGCCUGUCUGGCUACCCGCUUGCCAAGAGGUUUUCCCUGGCCAGUCCCUCUAUGCUCCUUCCCUCCAAGCCAUUGCCUCCCAUCCAGAAGAGCUCUCCUUCUACCAAGCCAAGCCUGAUAUGUAGCAGAGAGCAGGAGAAUGGGAAAGAUGGCAUUGGCUAUGCUGAGGGCAGGAGAAAAGAAGAGGAGCUGAGUUCAGAGGGACAAGGACAUAAGGCUUCCUUGCUGUGUUCCAGUGGAGGGGAUAUGAAGAAGGGGUCAUUGGGACCACCUCUGAUCCCCCCCAUAGGCAAGGCACCAUUGCCUCCCAUCAGGAUCAGCUCUCCUUCUUCUAACAAUAAUAAAAUGUACAGCAUGGAGAAAGAGAACAAGGACAUUGGCACUGGCUAUGAUAAUGACAGUAGAAAACACCAGGAGCAGAGUUCAGAAGAAAAAUGUUAUAAGGCUUCCUUGCUGUAUUCCAGUGGAGGGGAUAUGAAGAAGGGGUUAUUGGGACCACCUCUGAUCCCCCUCAUAGGCAAGGCAGUAAGUCCCCCUCUUGGCAGUGCUGUGGGCUCUCUGCAAAGCUCUCCGCAGCUGGAAUCCCAGGAGUCCCAGGAGAUGAGGCCAAGAUCCAGCAGCAGAAGCAAGGAGGAGAACUCUGAACAUGCAGUGACCUCGCAGACGGCCACUGGUGCCCAGCGCCGAGAGGAGCCGCUCCGUGGGCAUGGGCAGAAGGACAGAGCCUCUCCAGACCCACAGCACUCCUUGCUGGAGGCACUCUCCUUGCUCGGCAGCGAUGACUGGGAGAUGAAGGAGAAGGGACUCUUCAACAUCAAACACCUGGCUGGGUCCCAUUCAGAGGUCCUGCUUUCCAGACUUCAUGACAUUUGCUUGGCAGUUACCAACGAGGUGGCCAACCUCCGUUCCAAGGUGUCCUACUCUGCAAUUGUCACUCUGGGAGAGCUCUUUGUGACCUUGAAGAAGAACAUGGACUCUGAGGUGGAUGAGGUUGCUCGGGUCCUUCUGCAGAUGGUGUCCAACUCCCCAGAAUUUGUUCAGAAAGCAGCCAGUCAGACCCUGGGGAUCAUGGUGGAGAAUGUGACUCCUGCACGAGCAAUGACUGCUCUCAUGGACAUGGGAGUCAAGAGCUGCCACGCCCAGGUGCGGAAGUGUGGGGCCGAGCUCCUCCUGUCCCUGAUGGAGAGAAUUGGAGUCACAAAGCUGGCAGGCACAGCCAGGGCUGAGAGGCUGGCACACGUGGCAGGGAAGCUUGCUCAGGACUGUCACCAGGACACAAGGCAUUAUGGACAGGAGAUGGUGAAGAUGUUGCUCAAUCAUCAAAAAUUUAAAAUGCUUUUGGAACGAUCUCUUUCCACCUGUGACCUGGAGGAUAUUCUGACAAGAAUGAAGAAGAAAGGGAUGGAAAACCAGAAGGCUGAACGCCCAUCUGUCAAGGAGCUGGUGAAGAAGAGGAACGAUGGCUCCAAGAAGCCCCAGGCCACAUUGUCUUCUAGCAAACGAGUGAAAUCUACCUCUGAUGGAUGCCUCCUACACCGUGCACAAGCCCAGGUCACGUUACCUCCGGUUGAGGAAGAAACGGAGCUGCUCCAGAAGCUUUACAAUCUCCUGGAGGCCAAGGGGUUUCAGACGCGCAUGGAAGGAGUGUCACUCCUCCAAGACCUGUGCAAAACUAGCCCCCAGCUCAUCUCCACUAACAUUGUCCAAAUUUUUGAAUAUUUUGUCCUGAGAAUAUCUGACAGCCACAAGAAAGUGAAGCAGAAGGCGCUGGAUGUGCUGGCAGAAAUCACAGGCGUCCUGAAAGAUGCCUUGAACCCGGUGAUCAUUGGUUUGGUGGAAGGAAUAACGAAGAACCUGAACUCCAAGGACCCCAGGGUUCGUGCCGCAGCUGUGAAAGCGCUGGAAGAAUCCAUUGCUCAUUUAGAUAAAGUAUCACUGCUGAAGGAGUUCAGCUACCAGUGGAAUCAACUGAGUGGCCAAGCUCUCCUGGAUGUCAUGGAGUGUAUCACAGUGCUUGUGGAGUGGGUUUAUGCCAGGAGCCCUGAAGUGGUCCAGCACGACGCCCUGCCCGUGCUCUGGUCCUUCCUGGAGAACAAGGCGCUGCCGGUGCGAAGCGCCAAUGUCCGCACUGUGGCCACCAAGCUUGCCUCUGCCCUCUACAAGGUGAUGGGCACCAAGCUGAAGAGAUGUGCUGCCAGCCAACCUCCACAUGUGCGGGAAAACCUCUCCAAAAUGUUGGGCUGGUGAAGGCAUGAUGUUCUCCAGAGAGAUGACAAUGUGCUGAGUUGGACACCUCCAGAUCUGCCUUGUUAGCUGUGCCAAAAGAGACCAAAUGCUAAGGAAGGGUGUGCACGUGCCCCCUCUCUCUCCAUCGCCCUUCCUAGUCAUGGCAUGGGGGGCCUGAAGCAACUCCAGACUGAGGACAAGGUGAAGGCUGAUCAUGGCUCAGCCUCACACAGAGGUCUGACUGGUUACAGUCUUACCGAGAAGGUUCCUCUGGACAAUUCCCAUGGUGCCUUACCCACAAAGUCCUUGCCUGCUGUACAGAAGAGAUCUCUUUCCUCCAAGCUCAGGAAAAAGCUGCUGCCUGAAUGAAGAGAGUUUGAAGAAUAAGAUUUAUAUGUUAGGCUUCAUAGUUAGAGAUGUACAUAUGUUCUAAUCUUUAGAUGUAGUUUUGAAUAAAUGUGUUUUGAUUGUACCUUUAAAUUUUGAUUACAUAUUUUUAAU